CUUAACUGAUCGACCAUCGAGGCAUUCAUUUUCUUCAACAAAUCUACGCAGACACAUAAAAUAUGGCUGAAGAAUUAAAGAAAAGCUACUUUGAGGUGUUGGGUUUGUGCUGUGCAUCAGAGGUAGCAUUGGUUGAGAGGAUUCUGAAGCAGCUCAAUGGAGUCCAAGAAAUUUCUGUAAUCCUACCCACAAAAACAGUUGUUGUCAACCACACUCAUGUCAUCUCUGAUGUUACCAUUGUUGAGGCACUCAAUAAGGUAAGGCUGGAAGCUACUGUUAGACCACAGGAACAAAGCAACUUCCAGAACAAAUGGCCAGCCCCAAGUACAAUGUUCAGUGGCUUAUUUCUUGCACUUUCCUUUUUGAAGUACGUUUAUCAUCCAUUGGAAUGGUUGGCUCUUGGUGCGGUUAUUGUUGGCCUUCCUACACUCAUAUUGAGAAGCAUAGCAUCCAUCCGAAAUCUUACUCUUAAUAUCAACAUUCUUGUUCUGAUGGCAGUGAUAGGGACACUUGCUUUACAAGAUUAUUGGGAAGCUGGUACCGUUGUCUUUCUGUUCUCCAUUGCUCAAUGGCUCGAAACAAGAGCAAGUUACAAGGCUAUGGCUACGAUGUCAUCUUUAACGAGCAUGGCUCCUCAAAAAGCCAUAAUAGCUGAAACUGGAGAACAUGUUGAUGUCAAUGCUGUUGAGAUGAACACAGUCCUUGCAGUCAAAGCCGGCGAUGUUAUUCCAAUAGAUGGUAUUGUUGUUGAAGGGAAAUGUGAAGUUGAUGAAAAAAUGCUGACUGGAGAAUCAUUUCCUGUCACCAAAGAACUGGACUCAACUGUUUGGGCAGGCACUAUUAACCUAAAUGGUUAUAUUAGUGUAAAAACUACAGCUUUAGCAAAAGACUCUUUUGUCUCAAGAAUGGCAAAGCUAGUAGAGGAGUCGCACAACAAGAAGUCCAGAGCUCAAAGAUUCAUUGACAAUUGUGCAAAGUACUAUAUUCCUGCGGUUAUGUUAAUAGCAGCUGCUUUUGCUGUGAUUCCGGCUGCACUGAGACUUCCUAACGAAGAUUACUGGUUUCAUUUGGCAAUAGUAGUGCUUGUAAGCACAUGUCCAUGUGCACUUAUCCUCUCUACACCUGUUGUCAAUUUCUGUGCACUUUCAAAGGCUGCAACAACUGGACUUCUAGUCAAAGGUGGAGAUUAUCUUGAGAUUCUUGCAAAGGUUAAGACUGUCGCUUUCGACAAAACUGGGACAAUAACAAGAGGAGAAUUUGUGGUGACUAAUUUUCAAGUAAUCAGUGAUGAUGUUAGCCUGAACGCCUUACUCUACUGGGUUUCAAGCAUUGAGAGUAAAUCAAGUCAUCCAAUGGCAGCUGCACUUGUUGAGUACGGACGCCAACAUUCAAUUGAACCAAAGCCUGAAAAUGUGGAAGACUUUCAAAAUUUUCCUGGGGAAGGGGUUUUUGGGAAGAUUGAUGGGAAAGAUAUCUAUAUUGGAAACCGGAGAAUUCGUUUGAGAGCUGGGUGUGCAGCAGAAUUUCAAAACAUGGAAGGAAAAACAAAUGGAUAUAUAUACUGUGGAGCAACUCUAGUUGGAACAUUCAGCCUCUCUGAUACUUGUCGAUCAGGGGCCAUGGAGGCAGUUGAAGAGCUUAAAUCAUUGGGGAUCAAAUGUGUCAUGCUUACAGGUGAUAAUCAUGCAGCAGCCAUGCUUGCACAAGAUCAGCUAGGCCAUGCUUUAGAUGUUGUCCACGCAGAGCUUCUACCUGAAGACAAGGCACGAAUAAUUGAGGAAUAUAAGAAAGAAGGACCAACAGUGAUGAUUGGGGAUGGCAUUAAUGAUGCUCUUGCAUUAGCCGCAGCUGAUGUUGGCAUCUCAAUGGGAAUUUCAGGAUCAGCACUUGCAAUGGAGACAGGGCAUGUGAUUCUCAUGUCAAAUAACAUUCAGAAGAUACCAUUAGCCAUCAAACUUGCGAGAAGGACAUUAAGGAAACUCAUUGAGAAUGUCAUUGUAUCCAUCACAACUAAGGGUGCCAUCUUAGCAUUGGCCUUCGCAGGUUAUCCGCUUAUUUGGGCAUCAGUUCUCACAGAUGUUGGGACAUGCUUGGUCGUAAUUUUCAACAGCAUGUUAUUGUUGCAAGAGACACCAAAACUUCAAGGAGGGCAUUCCAGGUCAAGAUAUGGCACUUUCUCCGUGCCUUCUUUAUUUGGGAAAGGCAAAAGCAUAAAUCCUGUUGAUGGGCAAGGUGGUUAUAAUGGAGAUUAUGGGGACUAUGAGGCAAUAAAAUGCAAUGAUGGAUGCUGUGAGAAACUCAUUCAUGAAGUGGAAUCCCCAAGUGGUAAAGGUUGUUCUAACUGUACAGAAGCUAGUUGCAAGGACAAGAAGUUUGCUAACAUACCACAAAGUAGUAGUAGUAGUAGCAGCGUUUGUUGUCUACAAAAAUGUGAAGCUCAAUCUCAAAGCAAAAAAUGUGGUCCAGCACAAGGUGCAACCAUCAAUAAUGCCUGUGGCUGUAGCACUGCUGGCCUUCUGGAAUCUAUAAUAAAUAAUGCUUCUAAGAUUUCAGACAAUAGAGAGAUAAGAGGGUGUUGCAAGCAAUUUGCGGAGCAAUGUUGUGGUAAGCCUGAGCAAUACACAACUAAUAGGUUGUCAGAAAUUGUGAUUGAGUAGAUCGAUGCUACUUCAGUUUCUUGUAUCAGUUGAAAUAAUAGUUGAAUAUUUUAAUUGGUUGUGCUAUUUUAAUUGGUUGUGCUAUUUUUUUUUCUAUUUUAUUCUUUUGCUAAUGAACCGUUGCACAUAGAAGAGAGUAACUGUUCAUUAAAAAAAAUUGAAUUUUAGAAAGGCUGUUGGAGCACUAUUUUAUGGUUAAACUCUCUAAAAUAAAGAAAAUUUUGUGUUUGCCUUG